CACAUGAAUGGUUGUCUAUUAACUUGUUCAAAAACUAUCUGGAGUUGACAAGGCUCAGGCGGACACAGGCGAAAAGUACAGUUUGUUGAUGCUUUCUCGGAGAGGCGACAGGAGAAGUUUUGUGGACACAACAUAGCCGGGACCUAUUGGGAGAAGGCUCUUUCCCACACACACUCGGCCACACUCACCGAGAGGAGAAGAGAGUGUAGAUGAGACGCGGCUUGUUGUUUUUUUUCCAGAGAAAAAGUUGCAGAGCAAAAUCGACAGGUAACUUUUAGCAGCAGCAGCACUGCGCUCCCCACUGCCCUGCCUCUGGCUUGUGGAGUUUGUCUCUGUGUGUUUUUAUUUUUAAACGCUCCCCCCUCUCGGGAGGUCCAACUAAAAGCUGUUCCUGAUGUAUAACAUGAUGGAGACUGAACUGAAGCCCCCUGCUCCCCAAACCAACACGGGGGGCCCGGGCAACAACACGUCCGGAAACGGACCCAACCAGAAAAACAGUCCGGAGCGGGUCAAGAGACCCAUGAACGCGUUCAUGGUGUGGUCCAGGGGCCAGAGGAGGAAGAUGGCGCAAGAAAACCCCAAAAUGCACAACUCGGAGAUAAGCAAGAGGCUGGGCGCCGAGUGGAAACUUCUGUCCGAGAGCGAGAAGAGACCUUUCAUCGACGAAGCCAAGAGGCUGAGGGCCCUGCACAUGAAGGAGCAUCCGGAUUACAAAUACCGGCCCCGGCGGAAAACCAAGACCCUCAUGAAGAAGGACAAGUACACCUUGCCCGGUGGGCUGCUGGCUCCGGGAGGAAACGGGAUGGGAUCUGGGGUCGGUGUGGGGGGCGGGCUAGGCGGUGGGGUGAACCAGCGGAUGGACAGCUACGCAGCACACAUGAACGGCUGGACCAACGGGGGCUACGGCAUGAUGCAGGACCAGCUGAGCUACCAGCACCCGGGGCUGAACGCGCACAACCCGAGCCAGAUGCAGUCCAUGCACCGCUACGACAUGAGUGCGCUGCAGUACAACAGCAUGACAGGCUCCCAGGGCUACAUGAACGGCUCCCCGACAUACUCCAUGUCCUAUUCCCAGCAAAGCACGCCUGGGAUGACCGCCCUGGGCUCCAUGGGGCCCUCUUCGGUGGUGAAGUCCGAGUCCAGCAGCUCCAGCCCUCCCGUCGUCACUUCGUCGUCCCACCGGGCCGGCCCGGGCUGCCAAAGCGGGGAUCUGAGGGACAUGAUCAGCAUGUACCUGCCCGGGGCGGAUGUCAGCGAGCAGAACGCCCAGACCAGGCUACACAUGUCCGGCCACUACCAGAGCACCGUGCCCGGGACGACGAUCAACGGCACGCUGCCCUUAACACACAUGUAAGAGACACACAGAGAGAGAAAGAGAGAAAAAAUGAACUUUAUAAGAUAAACUGUGGACUAUUAACGUUGGACUAUUUUUGUACAGAAAAAAUUCGGGGUGGGAAAAGUUGUAUAGAAGUCUCCAGGAAAAGGACACACGACUCUUUUUUUCUUUCAUUUUAUUCUAAGGAAGCUCUAGAGGAACGGUAGGAGAUCCCCUGGUCACUGGUGGAUGAAGUUUGGAAGACUAGAAAGUGGGAGUCGCAAUCAAAUGUUUUAUUAUUGCAAUCACCUUUUUGUACAGUAUUUAUCAAAGAAACAUUACAAUCAGAUUAAAUUGUUUGUUAAACUGCAAGAGGUUGCAAUUUCUUUUUUUCUUUUUUUAUAUAUAUAUAAAGCAACGCCGGUUCUGCAGAAAAUAUUAAAAGUGAAGAUGGCAGAACUGGAAUUAUAUGGGAGUGAUCAGUUAUGCUCCUUUAUACAGGAAACAUUGGGAAGAAAAGGGACAUAACACGAAGCAGGUACUGUUUUUUCAUUUAAGGUCAAUACUACUUAACAUUUUAAUUUCUUAAAAAAUGAUAAGACACUUUUUUUUCUCUCAUACAACUUAAAAUAUAGGUUGUUAAUUUAUAUAUCCGUCUCCCACUUUUCAUCUGUUAGAGGUAUGAUGCUUGUGCUCUUUAUUUUCUAAUUGAGUUGUACAAUUUCUGUAUAUUUACUGUGAUAUUUUAAGUUUUUAUUUCAAAAAUCCAUUCCCGUAGUUGUAUUUUAAAAAUGGUGGCCUGUACGCAGAAGCCAACCACUCCAUGUAUAUACUGGAACUAAUACCAUGCUUAUAACAGUUACAAUUUCAGCUGAGUAUAUUUUUUUUUCAAUAUGCAGUUUGAAAUGAAUAAAUUUUGGAAAUUUGGAUACUU